GGGGGAUUUUUGGGGAUUUUGGGGCAUUUUGGGGGUCCCGGGGGGGGUUUUGGGGGGCCAUGGCCGCCCCCGCCAGCGCGCAGAGCGCCAGCAAGACGUGGGAGCUGAGUCUGUACGAGCUGCACCGCACCCCGCAGGAGGCCAUCAUGGACGGCACGGAGAUCGCGGUGUCCCCUCGGUCCCUACACUCGGAGCUGAUGUGCCCCAUCUGCCUGGACAUGCUGAAGAACACCAUGACCACCAAAGAGUGUCUGCACCGCUUCUGCUCCGACUGUAUCGUCACCGCGCUCAGGAGUGGGAACAAGGAGUGUCCCACGUGCCGGAAGAAGCUGGUGUCCAAGCGCUCUCUGCGGCCGGACCCCAACUUCGACGCGCUCAUCUCCAAGAUUUACCCGAGCCGGGACGAGUACGAGGCGCACCAGGACCGGGUGCUGGCCAAGCUCAGCCGCCUGCACAACCAGCAGGCGCUCAGCUCCAGCAUCGAGGAGGGGCUCAAGAUGCAGGCCAUGCACAGGGCGCAGCGGGUGCGGAAGCUGGCGGCCGAGUCGGACCCCGCGGGCUUCUCGGGGGGCGAGGAGGGGCUGGAGGCGCUGGGGGCGGCGCCGGAGCCGCCGGGGCCCAGCCGGAAACGCUCCCGCGCCUCCGACGACUCCGGGCCCGACCCCGAGGCCGAGCCCGCCGCCGAGGGGGCGGGGCCGGGCGGGGCCGGGGGCGGGGCCGGGCCCGGGGGGCGGGGCAGCCCCGAGGCCGAGGCCGAGGCCGGGAGCAGCGAGAUCGAGCUGGUGUUCCGGCCACACCCGCUGCUGGUGGAGAAGGGCGAGUACUGCCAGACACGGUUUGUGAAAACCACGUCGAACGCCACGGUGGAUCACCUGUCCAAGUACCUGGCGCUGCGCAUCGCGCUGGAGGAGGCCCCGCCCCCCGGGGCUGACCCCGCCCCCGCGCUGGGCGAGGUCAGCGAGAAGCAGUACGGCAUCUACAGCGGCGCCAACGGCGGCGCCUUCACGCCGCUGAACGGGUCGCUGACGCUGGAGUUGGUGAACGAGAAGUUCUGGAAGCUCAGCAAACCCCUGGAGCUCUUCUACGCCCCCAGCAAGGAGCAGAAAUAGCCAAAAACGCCCCAAAAAUCCAACCAGGGACCCCAAAAUCCAACUGGGCACCCCAAAAUCCAACCGGGGACACCAAAAUCCACCUGGGGACCUAAAAACCCAACCGGGGACCCUGAAAUCCAUCUGGGGAUCCCAAAAUCCA